AUGAAAAUAUAUACUAAAAAUAAAAGAGUUGAUUUAUGUUCUACUUUGAAAAUCAAAGGAUUCAAAAAAGCGUUUGGUAAAUUUACAUAUCACAGAGCUGAGAGGUAUAGGGAUUUGAACAAAUUUUUUGCAAAUAUCAAAGGACAUGCUUAUUCUGUCGCCAAACGCCGAAGUUGUUCAUACAAUAUUUUCCUGUUUCGGGCAUUCCUUGCUCUUGCACAAGUUUUGAAUGAAUCGUUUAAAAAAUCAAACAGUGCAAAAGAACAAAUAAAAAAUGCAAUUGAUGAGGCGGAUAAUUUAAUAUCUAUAAGAAAAAACGGAAGAGCUAAUUCUGAAAAAAUUUUUAAGGUUUACCAUAAAAUUCUCGUCCCAAAUUUGAAGGAAUAUUUAAAUGUUCAAGUUGAUUUAAAAGGUAAAAGUGUCAGGUUUGAGACAAGUUGGAAAAACAGGACUAGAACACAGAGGAAGGAAGUUGAUUUGAAGAUGAAAAAUGUUUUGGAUGAAGAUAUGAGUGAUAAGGAAGGAGAUGAGGAGGAUAUGACUGAGGAGGAUAUGACUGAGGAGGAAGAUAACGAGGAGGGAGACGAGGAGAAGAGUGAGGAGAAAGACGAGGAGAAUGUUCAUAUGGAGGAGGUUAAGAAUUCUGAAGAUGAAGAGAAUAAAAAUGGAGAAGGAGAGGUGAAAGAGGAAAUUGGCGGAGAGGAAGAGAAUGUUGAAGAUUCAGAAAAUACUUCAGGCAGUAUUUUUGAACUUUUUAAAUAUCAACAAAAAUCAGAUUCUGGGAGAUCAAUCGGUACGGUUAUGCUGGGUAAGAAUGAGGAACCUGAAGUUAAUUCGCAUGUUGAUAAAUAG